GCUGCCAUGUGGCUGGCGAGUAGUUAGGCUUGAACGUUCUGGUUUAACAGUUUUUUUUUAACCUCACCAGCUUGGGGGAUUCCAUCGAGGAAUAUGCUUCGAUACCGGUCGAUUGCUCUAACCGUUAGGAUAUAAUGAAGUGCCAUGGACUACACUCCAGCCAAACAGACGCAGAAGCCAUUCUGAAACACGUGCAAUGACAGGAUGUAUCCCCUUUGCAACAGGCAGUGCAACGGGGAUGACAAUGGCGCGAGGGACGGGGUGCGCGAAGGAAUGUGUCGCCACCCUUCCAGCUACUCGUCUUUUGACCAGCAAGAGGAGGGAGAAGAGGGAGCAGAGGAGGAUGAAGAACAGGUGAAGGCGUCCGCAGAAGUGUUGAAUGUGGAGGAGGAGAGUUUCCACAAAUCUAAAGGCGUUUCUCCGCUACCCAGGACCACCCAGUUGGUGUUUGAGAUCCAGUCAGGGCGUGCUGUGCCACGCCUCCGGGAGCCCAGACACCUGUAUGGUGUCUCUGGUCAUCUGUCCCAGACACUGCCACGCUGGCCCCGCGAGUGUGAGGUCAUCCCAGAGGAAAUAAGGCAUAUUGACUGGGUGCCGCCCUGCCCUGAGCCUUUGUGUUCUCAGGUGAACAACAGCGUGUGGCGGAGACCAGAGUCAGAGGAGGAGGGCACUGUUGUGUAUGACACACAGAGAGACAAGGAAAACUACUUCCGGGGAUCAUGUGUGGGCAGCCGUGGUGCCGUCCUGACCCAGGCUGCGAUGUCCCUCACCGGGCCAGAGGACACCACGUUGCUGUUUGAGGCGCGCUUCGAGAGUGGCAAUCUGCUGAAAGCAACCCAAGUUGGUGAAUUUGAAUAUGAACUCUCUCUGCGGAGCGAUCUGUACACAGAGAGGCACAGGCAGUGGUUCUACUUCCGGGUCAGAAACACCCGGGCCGGGGUGCUUUACCACUUCACCAUCACCAACCUCCUGAAGGCGGCCAGCCUGUACGAGGAAGGGCAGCAGCCUCUGCUCUACUCUGAGGAGAAGGCUCGAGUCCAGGCUGUUGGAUGGCACCGCGUGGGCCAGCAGGUCUCCUACCGGCCUAACGGACAACAGCACGCCAACCAGCCUCACUAUUCCCUCUCCUGGACCUUUCACUUCCCUUACGACCAGGACACCUGCUACCUGGCCCACUGCUACCCCUACACCUACUCCAACCUGUGGACCCACCUGUCCCAGAUCGAGCAGGACCCCCGAUGCUCCCGCUUCUGUAAGGUACGGACCCUGUGCCGGUCGUUAGCAGGGAACCUGGUGCCGGUGCUGACAGUAACCAAGCCCUCCCAGCUAGGGGACAAGGACGGAAGCUACAAACCGGCUGUGGUACUGACUGCCCGGAUCCACCCCGGAGAGACAAACAGCUCAUGGGUGAUGAGGGGCAUUGUGAACUUCCUAUUGGGAGACUCCCCGGACGCCGCGCUGCUCAGAGAGGCCUUUGUCUUCAAGCUGGUGCCGAUGCUGAACCCCGACGGUGUCAUAGUGGGGAACAACCGCUGCUCACUGACCGGACGGGACCUUAACCGUAACUACAAGUCCCUCCUCAGAGAAUCCUUCCCCACCGUGUGGGCCACUAGAACCAUGGUCCAGAGGUUGUGUGAGGAGCGUAAGGUUCUGCUGUACUGUGACCUCCAUGGACACAGCCGUAAGCACAACGUCUUCUCCUAUGGCUGUAAGAACCCUCAUGAGCGAAUCUUUCCUCUGAUGCUCAGCAAGAACUGCCCAGACAUGUUCUCGUUUGAAAGCUGUAAGUUCAAGGUUCAGCGCAGUAAGGAGGGGACCGGCAGAGUGGCAAUGUGGAGGCUGGGGGUCCUCAACUCGUUCACCCUGGAGACUUCCCUCUGUGGGGCCAACUUUGGUAAGAGGAAGGGGACCCAUUUCAGCACGCAGGACUUUGAGAUGUUGGGAGCCCAGUUCUGUGACACACUGCUGGACUACUGUGACCCAGGCAGGACAAAGUACAGCAUGUGUGUGAGAGAGCUGCAUGCGAUUAUAAGACGGCCGGCAGAUCUGCUCGUGGACUUAGAACGGACAGAUGCAUCAGUGAAUGACCAUGAGGCCAGCACCAGCGGAUCCAACAGCUCCGAGUCAGACGGACCACCUGUUCACCUUCAGAACUUCAACAAGGUGAAGCCCCGUAAGAAGCUGAAGUCUAAGAAGGAAAGGAACAGGUCUCACCUUGUGAAGGUCAGGGAGAGCCUUCUGAACCGGGAUAACAAUGUCAAAGGAACAUCAGAGAAAAGUAAACACCGACUGAAGGCCCUGAAGGCUCCUCCAGUGGCACCCAGAAAGGAGGCCUCCAGGUGGAGAGAGAGGCCGCUGGUUCCCCCCGAGACCAGCACUCCAGAUUUGAAGUUGGAGUACCUGCAGCAUGUGAUGGCAGAGUAUGUGAGGACCAGGAUGCACCUGAGACCUGGGCCGACCCACCAGGGCUACAACUGGGGCUCGGGGCAGUGCCAAAAGCCUCCCCACCCACCGCCCCGGCUUGUGCCCUCCUUCCUGUGUCCCACCCGGCCCCCGUCCCAGCUGCCCCGGCACCUGGAGCCCAUCCCACGGCGUCAUCUGCGCCUGCCUGUCCUGGCCGACGUGGCUACCCCAGACAAGGCCCUGGGAAGGCUCUCUCCAGUUCAGUGGAGAGGGCCCAAGUCACUCACAGCCCCUGCCAGUGUGCAACUCGGAUCAGACAGGUUGCAGUUGCUGUCUCUGAGUCCUGGGAGGGAUUUGAUCUCUGAGUCUGAGGAGCAUCCCGGUGGGUCAGCAGGGAGGGAAUGCCUGUCUCUGCAGCCGCCCAGCCCCACUAUCACCCACCCAGGAACAGACUCUGACUCGGAAAGCUGUCACCAAAGUAAAUAUAAUUUGGUUCCUGCAAGAAUGAAACACAAAAUGAAGAAGCAGAAAAGAACUAAAAGAAAAAGACUUGGGAGAACCUGCCAAAAGGACAACCAUCUAUGCAGCACUCAACCAAUCAGGCCAUUAUGUUCAAGUGUGUAAACGCAAGCUAAUACCAUCCCUACUGUGAAGCAUGGUGGUGGGAGCAUUGUGCUAUGAGGAACUAGUCAUAUUUGAGGAAAGGAUGAAAUCUGUGAAUGUGCUUGAGUGUCCUAGCCAAAGCCCAGACAUGAAUUCCACUGAACAUCUGUGGAAAGCCCUGAAGAGCAUAAUUCACCAACACUCCUCGUCCAAUCAGACAGAGCUUAAGAGGAUCUACAAGGAAUAAUUUGAGAAACUGCCCAAAUCCAGGUGUGGAAAGCUAGUACAGGCAAUACCCAAGAAGACUCAAAGCUGUGAUCGGUGCUUCUACAAAGUACUGAAUAAUGUCUGAAUACUUAUUUAAAUGAGAUGAGGUACAUAUUGUGUGUAAAUUGAUUGCAAUCGAAAUGUUAUAAAGUAUUAAAUCUUAUUACUUUCCAAACCAACUGUAUAUA